AUGUAUAUUCUAAUGCUGGAGACCUUCAUGAAACAGAAAAACUUUUCCAGGCCAGGUAGAGCCAAGGUUGUUUGCCUGAAUCUUUCACAAAUCUUUCCCUUGUCCAAGCUUUACACAAAGAGCUGGAAUUAUUGUAAAGUUGGGGGAACCUUACAUGCUAUGCAGAGCAAAGGCAUUUCACCAUCUUGUGUCCAUUUUAACGUUUUACUCCAUGGCUUCACAAAACCUGGGUUGAUUGAUGAAGCCAAGAGGAUUUAUGAGGAGCUACCAUCUUUUGCUUUAGCUCCUGAUCUUGUAUGUUACCUUACAAUGCUGAAUACACCUGAAAUGUGGAUAUGUGGAAGAAGGAAUGAAUAUUUUUGGAAUUAUACGUGA